ACCGAAUCACAGGAUCUCGCGGCGACGUCAUUUGGUGGCUCGAUUGGAGCACUGCUGACGCCGGCCACCUCAGUAUCGACUGGGGCGACGGCCAUCAGCAACGACGGGAUCGCAGUGUUCUAGCCACCAUCGGGAGGGCCUGCAGACGGUAUCGGGAUAUUUCGCAAAGCACUGACUUGUCAAGUCCAUACCAUCGUCGCAUCCACGGCCCGUCAGCACAUCCUCAGCUGCAAAUCAGACCACUUGUUCGGCAAACUACUCCAAAGUUCAUCACGACACACACAAGAUGGACGGCACCCUCAACGAGCUUCAAAAGCAACUCCCGUUUCUCCCGGGACACACGUUCGAUUUGAACCGGAACAUCGAUAACAAGAGAAAAUCCCACGCCUUUGACUACUGCAACGGCGUUCCGGUCUUUCGCGAGGAGGCUCCUGGGAUUGGGGGCGAGCUGCUUCGCGGCCAGAAUGAGUCCAAGCUGAAGACGUCGGCGGAGAUGUAUCCCCAUGCUAACAACAUGGGCGAGAGCGUGCCAGCCUGGGUGGCCUUUGAUCGCAAAGUGCUCAGGUUCUAUGCGUACUUCCAGGAAGCCGUCCACGAGAAGCGCGAGGAACAGUACCGAGUCCGAAAAGUCAACAUUUACUUCUACCUCGAAGACGACACUGUGCAUGUCAGCGAGCCCAAGACUCCCAACAGUGGUAUCCCUCAGGGCACCCUGAUCCGGCGACACCGCAUUCCAAAGGCAGACUCUCCCAAGGGACAGCACUACACCAUCAACGACUUCAAUGUCGACCGAGAAGUGACCUUCUAUGCCCGCACUUUCAAGAUUGUUGGAUGCGAUCAGUUCACUAGGGACUUUCUCGUGGCCCUGGAUAUCGCGGUCCCCAAGAACGGCGAGUUCCCGAAGGAUCAGUACGAACUGUACCGCAACGAGCUGCUCUCGCGAAUGAAGGCCACCCGCCCCUGCCCUCCCAAAACCUCGCUCAAAAAGUUCCUCGAAAACGACAGACGCGUUCUUCGGUUCUAUUGUGUCUGGGACGACACCAACUCGGUAUUUGGUGAUGUCAGACACAUGAUCGUCCACUACUAUUUGUCCGAUGACACGAUCGAAAUCAUUGAGUCGAUCCCGGCAAACUCGGGCCGAGAGAGCAACACGCAGUUCCUUGGGCGCUGCCGCCUGCCCAAACGGCCCCAUGUUCGGGUCAACCACUAUGUGAAUGGCGGUGGCGCCGAGCUCGAGAACCCCGAGGGCUACUACAAAGACAGCGAUCUGUCCAUCGGCUCUGUUCUGCAUUUUUAUGGCCGACCGUUCGUUAUCUGCGACUGUGAUGGCUUCACGCGACAGUACUAUGCCGAAAAGUACGGCCUAGAGAACUUUGAUCCCAUCCGGAUCGAGGACUACGAGGAGCCCGAUCCCGCUGCGGCCCUCAGCCGAGAAGUCGCUGCCUCAUUCGUAAAUCGUGCUCCUGUCGCGCAGCUUCUCCCUGAUGAAGCUCCAAAGAAGGACUUCAAGCAGAUGAUGAUGUACGACGGCGUUUGCCUCCGCUUUUCUGCUGUUCUCGAGACCGAGAAGCAGAUCGACAAAGACCGGAAGUUUGUUAUCAGCUUCUAUCUGGCCGACGACACCAUUGCCGUCUUUGAACCCCACCAGCGCAACUCUGGAAUCAUUGGCGGAAAGUUCCUUGAGAAAGGCAAGAUUCGCAAGCCCGACGGCACCACCUACUACGGAACCUCGGACUUUUAUGUUGGCGCUCGUCUGGUGUUUCAUCGUCAUCCGUUCGUCAUCACCAACGCCGACGAGUACACGGUCAAGUAUAUGUCUGCCCAUCCCGAGUACUUCCCGCAGGCUGCCCGCGAGAUCGCAGCAUAGGCUUGAGCACUCGCCAUCCUCAAUAGAUAGCGCGAGACAACGGAUGCUCGGGUAUUUGCUGCAGUUUGUCGACAGGCCAUGUGCACGUCAACUACUGUUGCUUACCAUCAAGGC